UCGACGUGAGAGCAUUCGUCCUCAUGGCUCUUCUCGCUUGCGUCUUGGGCCGACGUUAUAAUUUUUGCUCCGCCGGCCGGAUCUGAGAUGUUCUCCAAGCGAAAGACUCGCAACGUCCAAGCCACUUGUCCCAACGUGCUGACCCCUGACACAAUCCCUUCCUUUUUGAUCCCACCCAACCUCGCCACCCUCCAAGGCCGCCGGGCAGCUGGGAACCCCAGGCUGGGUGAUGCAUCAGCCCUGCCAGUCAAAAACAAGGGCGCUGCGGUGCAGGAGGAGGGACCGCAGGCCGGGACGCGACGCCCAGGCACUCCCGCCACGAUCCAGCUCCCAACCCCGAUGGACUUGGGGUGCCUGCCCGAAAGCCCCAACACCUGGCGGCGGGAAUCGCUGUUCCAUAGCAAGCCCCCGCCCCACCGAGGGCAAGUUGGCUGCUUUUCCUCCCCACGGACAAGGCCCCUUUCGCAGCCCACUCCGGGCCCGGACAGCGACACUGCCUCUUCCGCGGAAAAUUCCCCGUACAAUUCCCCCGUGCCCGUGCGUCCUCUCGAUGGGCUCCUGCCGGGCCACGGCUAUGGGCACCGGCGGCGUUUGGCAUGCCGCUCCCCGCACACCCUGCGUCCCAGCUCCUUCUCCACGGAGGACACCAGUUCGACGGACACCAGUCCCUGCUGCCUGCGCCGCGAGGCCGACCCUCCCUGGAUCUCGCCGGGUGCUUGGUCCCUGGCGCCGCUCUUCCCCCUGGGCUUGAUCCGCUGCCGCCAGCGGCUGACCAAAGAGGUCACGUUGACGGUCAGCCAAGGCGGGCAGCUGCGUCUCUCCAGCGAGUAC